GUUAAAAAUGUAAAGUCUUAUUAAUUACGAGGUUCAAGUAUUAAUUGGUAUUAAAUUAUUUUAUUCUAUGCAAAUCUUUUUUUUGUCAAUUAUUCUAUACAAAUCUAUUUGAUAACUGGAUAUAAUUUCGGUCAGCAAUUUUUUUUCCUUGUUAUUUUUAGUAGUAUUCCUUAUAAUACCAUUACAGUAUAUGUAGUUAAUUGGUAAAAGUCUUUUCCGCUUUCUCCCUCUCAAAAAAUUUCUGUGCAGAAUAUAAAAAUGAGAAAAUUUCAAGAUUUUUACAUUUUUUGAUGACCAUGUCGGAAUUUUGUUUUCCGCUAAUUACGAGGUUAUGUCUUAAUUGAUAUUAAAUGAAAUUUUAUUCUAUUUUAUUGUUGGGUUUUAUAGUUACCGUCGGCAUUUUAUUUUUCCUGUUUCUUAGUAGCAACAAACAACCCUUAAUGCUAACUGAAUGCUUCAGAUUUAUGUUAUACAUCAUUAUGUCUAUUGUUCUUGCUUAAUUGUAUUCUUUUAUUAAUUUGUUUCUCUUGUAAUUUUUAGUGGAUAGAUUGUACCUAAUUUAUAGGCAUUUAGCGUAUUGGGCCAAGUUAGUCAACAGAUUGUUUUAGGCCUACAUUCUCGUUCAAUUCUAUCUCUUAUUUUAUGGGCCAAUUCUAUAUCUCCUCGGUUAAUAUGUUUUUUUGUACCAAACGUUUAUCGUCAAUCUUUACAUCAAAUCUCUUAUAUUAUUCGUCUAAAUGUGUUUUAUUGAUGCGAGACAAACACAUUCUUAUUCAUUCAUUCAAUUAUCCAAUCAACAUUUGGUUAUUAUUUAUAUCAACAAAAAUUACAGUGGCUUCUACAAAGAAAAACAAAAUCAAAUUAACCGGACUGAAAGUUUUUCUCAUCCUGUGGAAAAUAGGAUGAAAAAUCAAACUUUAAACAAUAGCAAAAACUGACUCUUUUUUUUAACAAUUACGGUCAUAAUCAGCCAUUUGAUCAGCCAUUUGAAAAUAAAAACAAAAAACACGACCGGAUUAAAAGAACAAUAUUAGGUUUGAAUUCGGGCAAAAAGCUUGGUUAUUAGUUUGGAGGAACGGCAAUGUCAGAAAAAAUUGCCAAAUAGAGUUUUUGAGCUCAUGAUGAAACCAUUCACACAUCUAAUUGAAUCAUCAUUCACAAACCAUUCCUCCAAUUUCCAAUUGAACCCAAAUAUGAAAAAACAACAAAAUAAUGAUGACGGCGAAGUCAGAUUAAUAAUUGCCAAAUUAAGUUUUUAAGCUCAACAUGGAGAAACUCCAUUCGCACAUCUAAUUGAAUCAUCACCCUCGCUGUAUUGAGAAUCAAACAGAAGAAAAAGAAAACACCAAAAGAAUAGGAAAACCAUAAAUUACAGAGAUGAAGCCUAGAUGACGGCUAGACACAUUGUGAGCUAAUAGAAGAGUUUCGCGUGGUCAUAUAUAUAUGUAGGGAGAGAGUCCUACUGAAACUAUGCUUCUACCCUUAUCGGGCUUAAUUUUAGGCCCAUGGGCCGUUUUUGGAUCGAGUAAAAAGUGUUAUCGUUCUCAAAAGUAAACAGGCCUUUUUGACUUUGGUUUACUGAACCGAUUUGUCCAGGACAUGAGCCAUGGGACUGAAAGGUUCUGAUUAUACUCGUCGGUGCUUGUAAAGUGACGAAGGUGAUAGAAAAGAUAAAGUGGGUACUGUGAAAGAUCAUUUUCUUUACCUUCCUAGGAGCUUCAGUAUUUUCUCUGAUUCUCUAUUUUACAAUCUUAAUUUUUAUGUGGUUUGCCUUGGUACUAUUUAAUUGUUAACUCUAAUUCACAAUCUUCAUUGUACAACUUAGGUGUUGUGUACUCCGAAAUGAUGCAAUAUGACAGUGCCUUGUGCUGCUACGUGAAAGCUGCACUUGAGAGGCCCAUGUAUACCGAAGCAUAUUGUAACAUGGGUGUCAUAUAUAAGAACAGUGGUGACUUGGAGAUGGCAAUCACUUGUUGUUACGAGAGGUAACAUAAAUGUUACUUCAUUGCUAGAUUACGUGUGGACAACACGUUUUGCUAUGUCUAAGUGAUUUUAACUGUUGAUACCAUUAGGACCGAUUUUGACCCAACUAAAAUUGAAGACUCGUGUUCAAAAUUCUUAAUUAUAUCUCAAUGAUAAAAUAUUAGUCAACAUUAGCAAACACACAUUUUUAUUACUUUGUAUAUAUUAUCUAAGAUAUUUAAUAUAAAUUAAAAUUAACCAAAUUGAACACGGUACAUAAUAUUUACAAAGUACAAUUUAUAUUUUUAUAAAUUUAUUCAUCAAUACAAUUUUUACAUUUAUAGCAGCAUAAAUAGACAAUGGUAGUUAAAUUAAAAGUACAGCUUUAUAGAGAAAUUAGCUGUAUUAGGUAAUUUAAAAAAUAUUAUAAAAUAAAAAUAUUUUUAAAAAUAGAUAUGCACGUAGCAUAGAUAAAAAUACUUAAUAAUUUUAUAACGGUUUUUGUGCAUGACACAUAAAACCACCUAUUAAGGAGCAAAAUUCCAGUGACGUUCAAAUUCCGAUGGUUUAUCAUAACCCCUUCUAAAAUAAAUUCCAUCUUUCUUGGCAGUCCAAUAUCUAUUUAUGAUGUUGGGUAAAUUUAAAAUUAGACAUUAACUAUUUGCCACUGCUCAAAGAAAUUUUGUGCGAAAAAUAUUAGUAACCAGUAAUAAAAUAUAACAAAUUUUGUGGCUAAUUAAUAAUACUUCCAAACCUUUGUAGAUGGGCUCUGUCAAAUCAAACCAAAUUUAGCGCAGUCGCUUGGUCUACACACAGUCCAGGUUUGAUAUUAGAACAAGGGUGUCUCAAUGAUUCCUUAAAAAUAAUAAAUAGAGUCAAUAGAAUGGUAAUAUUACAGGGGGAAAUGGAUGCUGCUGCCAGCAUGAUCGAGAAACAAUCCAGGCAAAAUCCACUUAAGCAGAAACUUUUAACAACUUAGGUUUGAUUUUUUUCUCUCCUGUUAUUUACAAGGUAUCCUGACAUGAGACCACUGCUCGGGAAUUAUAGUCCUCCAUGAGUUUUAGAUUGUUUUUCUACUUUCAUGGUGCUAAUUGUGCCGUUUAUAUUCUGUUAUAACCACUACCACCGUCGGACAUAUAUCUUCCCAGAUUUCUUCACUCAUUCAGUAUCUUAUUUCAUUGAAGCGCUUCUCAGGCAUCAUGAUUACACAAAGUACAAAGUCGUGGUUUAUUCAGUGGUCGUUAAGGUAUUUUUUUCUUUUCUUGAUUUUUUUUAUAUAUAUGUAUUAUAUACGUUUUCCGUUAAAGCGAUUCAUUUCCUCCCUUUUGAGCAACUCAUCUCUCAUGAUUUUGCAGGCAUAUGCAAAAACAUUUAGGUUUAGGGAUAAAGUGUUGAAGAAAGAUGGAGUUUGACACAUUGUAUUACUGAAAAAUGCCGAGGCUAAUAUAUUGACAUUAUGAAAUUUUUGAGUAUGAUUUAUAUUUCAUGCAGUUUGGACACAUUCCCUUAUGAUGAACAACCACUACCUGUGAAUCUCCCUAUACAUGUGAGUUCCAUGUGUUACUGUUACUAUGGCUGGUUCAGUACAUGCUCAUAAUGUUGGUGUCAGUCUUCUCAGUAAACGUUGGUAAGGUCUCGGUAAUGUUUUUGUUUCUUGGCAAAAUUGCUUCUUACUUGGGACAUCCCGUCUUUUUUAUUCAGGUUUAGGACACCUUGUUGCUUAAAAUGAGGAUGAGUACGUGCAGUUAUAUGUUGAUCUAGCUUCUGACGUGACCGCUCUUUCAAAACUGAGGAUAAGCCUUGGUCCGUCCUUUGCUGUUGCUCUUGAAUCCGCAUACCGGAAUAUGUGGAAAAGUACUGCAAAGGUGAAAGUACCGUCCUUAAAGAAAACUCAAUGCCUUUAAUUGCAGAUUGUAGACUCAUAUGGGUGAGUGUUUCAAAAAAAAAAAAAAAAGAGACUCAUAUGGGUGAAGAUCUGAAAGAGAGUCAGUCCAUGAGAUCUUCCUCUCUUUUUAACUUCCAAGACUAUACGAACUAACUUGUAGAUUACUGCUUUGUCUAGUAAAAGGAAUUUUGUAAAAUCACUCUUUUUCUUUCUUUUUCUUUUUGGUUCUCUCAUCCAGCUUAAUAUAGCUUUAUAGUGAUUCUUGGUAAGUCUAGGUGGAAGUGGAUUUAAUUGGAGUUUUUCGUCUCGUUUGAGAGAUAAAGUUGUUGCAUCAGAUAGGGACAUAGGGUUUAAGGCUUUUAGGUUGUUUGUUUUCAUGUGUUAAGUAAUGAGCCAUAUGAUAGUAAAUGGAGUAUACUUUUAUAGCCAAAGCUUUUCAGCGCCUAGGUUAUCUGUUAAGUUUGAAAAUCAUGCAUAGUAGUUGCCACAUUGACAUAACUGAAGAUAAUAAAUUAUUAAACCACCAGUAUAUGUAUAUUUAGUUAAAAAGUCUACAGACUGUUGACUUGUAUUACUAUAUAUAUUUAUGUUUUGCUAACUCCAUAUAUACUAAUAAGUGAGCUAGCAACUACUCUUCAAUCCCCACUUCGUCUGCUCCAUUGAUUCUACCAAAACCAUAUAAAGUACUAUAAAAAGCCCUAAUCCUCUUACUUUCUUCACCACCAAAGCAUCAAACUGCCUACGGAUUCUCCUCUUCAAAGCAAAACAAAACAUUUAAUUAGUCGUAAGAAAGAUGAAGAACGAAUCUACCGUCAUUGAUGUCCCUGCGGAAUCAAGCUCAGCCAUGAAAGGAUCAGCUCCUCUAAUCGGUGUGGCUAGAGACCACACUACUAGUGACUCAGGUGGAUACAAGAGAGGUCUCUCAAUCUUCGACUUCCUCCUCCGUUUAGCUGCCAUUAUUGCAGCAUCAGUAGCCGCUGGAACGAUGUUUACAAGCGACGAGACUCUUCCCUUCUUUACACAGUUCUUACAGUUCGAAGCUGGCUACGACGAUCUACCAACUUUCCAGUUCUUUGUGAUUGCCAUGUCCAUGAUCUCAGGAUACCUCCUCCUAUCUCUCCCUUUCUCCGUAGUCACCAUCGUUCGCCCUCUCGCCACAGCCCCAAGACUCCUCUUGCUCGUUCUAGACACUGCGGCAAUGGCGUUUAACAUGGCAGCUGCGUCAUCGGCUGCGGCGAUAGGGUAUCUAGCACACAAUGGAAACCAGAACACGAACUGGCUCCCCAUUUGCCAACAGUUUGGAGACUUCUGUCAGAAAACCAGUGGAGCUGUGGUCUCCUCCUUUGUCUCGGUCGUCUUCUUCAUCAUGCUCGUCGUCCUCUCCGGUGUCGCUCUCAAAAGGCACUAAUCACUUACAAAUAUGUGUUCAUUAUUGUUAAAACUAUUAAUUAUAGUCCUGUACUGCCUUGUGUAUGUUGUGUUGAUCUUUUUGUAUAAGGAAAAUGAAAAUGUGAUGCUUUUGUGAAAGAAAAACGAAAUGAUUUUGUCGAGUUUCAUCUUCUUUAGUUAUGUAUUUUACUCAUUUCCUUACUGUUGAUUAAAACAGAUAAUGAAUGUCACGUCUACCACUAAGUGAGUUUCUUACUUUUUUUAUAUUAAUAUUUUAAUAAUAUAUUAGAUUUUGAUACGUGUUUUGGAAGCGCGGGAUUAUUUUAUUUAUAAAAUUAUUAACCCGUUUUUUAGUUAAUAAGCGAAAUAAAAAAAAAUCUGUUUGUUCAAUCCAUUGUCACUUGAUAAAUAUUUUGUAUAGAUGAAAUAACUAGGAAAAACGGUAAUUGCAAAAAUGUUUAACCAUAAAUUGUAGGUUGCUUUUUAAAAAAUCAACAAUAUUUUAAGUUAUUAAAUAUUAAUUUAAAAUAAUUAGAAUUUAUUAAUUAGGAUUUAUGUAAAAUUAUAGUUGUAAGCGCAUAUAUUAAGGAUAUUUAUAUAAUAUCAAUUUAGAAAAAAACUACAUUUAAUUUAAAAAAUAUAUCAGAUAAAACUUAUUAUAGUAUAUAUAUUAUUUUGAUUUCAUAACAUUAUCAAAAAUUCUGAACUGUAUUAACUUAUUUUUUAUAUAUUAAAAACGAAUUUUGACCUGUAUAUAUCAGAGAUGAACAUGUAAACAAUUAAUGAAAAUCGUAUAUAAUUUGGUGAUAUAUAUUUCAUAAAUUUUUGUUAGAAUUUAAUUAUAUAGUUAAUAUUCGUAUUGCACAUAUCAUUAACGAAAAAAAGAAACAUAAAACGUAUCAUAUAUUUUUAACACACGUAAUAUUAUGUAACAUAAAUGGUCUGAAUAAGUUUGAUAACAUUUUGAAAUAGAUUUAUUCGCUGGCUGAUUUUAAUUAAUAUAUUUUUUAAAAAGUAAAGACAGAAUCCUACGAGAGAUUCUACUUUAAUAGUAUAGAUUAUCAUAAUUUUUAAAAAAUUAAAAAAUUAAUAAAUGACAUGUGUAUAAAUGAAGCAUUUAGCAAUUUCUCAAAUGGGAAAAUAUUUAAUUAUCUUCAAAUAUUUAUUUAUCUUGUGAUUUUGCUGAGCAUGUACAUAUACUUCUAUCCUUCCUAGCAAUGUAAAAAAAUCUAAUAAAUAUAAAAGUUACAUAAAAUCUAUACACAAUUAUAUUUUUAAGCAAAAAAAAAAAAUCUAAAACAACUUGUACUAUAAAACAGUGGAAGACCUUGUAAUAGCUCUUUUCAUUUUGUUUGGUAAUUCAUUGUCAAUAACUGCGCAUAGAAAAUCUCAUUUCAUGUGUCCGGUACACCAGGCAAAGGCAAGCACCAGUGACUACAAUCUUGAGGAGAAUUUUCAGGAACAUCCGGACCACACCUUGAAGGAUGUAAUGUUCAUAAACUUAACCUUACUAUGUUCAUAUCUCAUUUCCUGUACUACUUUAGAGAUAUAACUGUUGUGCACAGGGUCAGAUUCCAUCCUCUUCAUAUCAAUCUCUGGCUCUGUCCUGCAUCACACAAACCACCCAAGUUCCAUGUCCCAUUUCUACAACACCCGAAAAAACACUUAAUUAAUAAAAUCAAUUUUAAAGACUAGCUCUUGUCUGAUUCUCCCUCUCUUAGAUUUUUGUGAAACAUACCUAUAAUGCACAGGAGAAAGGUAUAGCUACUGUUGAUGAUCGUCCAUGUCGACGUAAGAAUAAGAUUUGAUCUCUCUCCCUUCUUGAUGUGAAAUUUGUGAAUAUGCGAUCUUGUUUACCAAAGUAUUAGCAGUAAAUAUAUAUGUACCGGUAACGCAAUAAAUACGUAAUUAAUAAUCAAUAGAUCCACUAUUAAUUCA